AGAAGUUAUACAACAGAUUUCACGAUGGAACAAUCUAAAGCUACUCAACGACGCGUCUGUGAUCCACUCCGGGAUCAGGAUGCAGUAAGCAGCAUGUGGAGCACUCUCUACAAUGGUUUAAACACUGGCAAGCAUUGGCUACUCCUCCUCGUAAGGGGGCUCCAGCAUGUACGUACGACUCCAUUGGACCGUAGUCUUGCGAUUUAUCGCGGAAUGGUUGGCUGGGAUGAGGCGUGCCUUCGUUGCAUUGUCAUUCAUCCGACCAACGAGCAACUGGCGAUGGUCACCCGCCAGGACAUUGUCCAUUUGUUUGGCAAUUGGAAGGAUCCGCCGGCACAACUUCAGGCGGCGGAACAGGUGGAUCUGUACUGUGUGGCCUUCCGCCCGGGCACGUACUGCGAGCUGGCAGUAGGUUGUGCCGCCGGCAUCUAUAUCUGGCAGAAUGUCCCGAAUAUCCUCUGGGAGAAACGACUGCUGAGCCAUACGGAGCACAUCCACGUGACGUCCGUGCAGUGGAACGAGCCUGGCACGGCCUUGCUUAGUGUGGCCCUGGGCAGUCGUCAGAUCAUCGUCUGGGCCCCUGACAGUGGGCAUCCGAUUCGCAUGCUGUCCGCCACGAUUAGCUUUUUGCUGUACAGCCCCGACUUUCAGAUACUAUUCGGCGCCUGCAGCGAUGCUGGGGCUAAAGUCUAUUAUGCGGAUCGCAGGUGCUGGCAAAUGGAGCAAAUCCUGGAGGGACGACAAAUACAAACGGCAGACUGGACAGCUUGCAGCACAUAUUUGCUGUUUGUCCAGAAGGACGACACAAAUCUCUACUCUGUUACGCGAUAUGCAGAAGUUGGUGUCUUCCUAAAGCCUCAGCUCGUCUGGACUUUUGAGUUGGUGGCUGAUCUGCAUGAAGUAUCCGUUUUUGGUAAAGUGAUGCACCAUGGCCAGGCCCAGGCCAUUGCUGUGGACCCGCUCAAUGUUUAUCUUGCGGUCAUCUACAAGCGUCAGCCCUUUGUGCUGCUCUGCAAACUGUCGUUUGUGAAACAUGAUAAAGUUCGAAUACUACCAUGGGAAUACAUUUAUUGCGAUGAUGAUCAGACUCUAAGAAAUUGUGUCCAUUAUCCCACAUGCAUGUGUUUUGGCCAUGCCAAGAAGGAUGGCCCAUGCAUGCUCGCAAUUGGCUGGAAUUCCGGAAUCUAUCAGGUGAAGAUGCUCACCGAGUAAAAGUAUAACCGAUAGUGAGCAGUGGCACACCUGUGACUCAAUCCC